AUGCCCACAAGGCGCCGUAUCAUUUAUCGACGACUCGACGACAAGUGGGUCCAUCUAACGCUGACGCGGGCGAUGUCAGGGACAGAGUGGAAUAGAGGCGGCGAAUGGACCUGCGCUGCUAAGAUGCGGUUUCGCGGUGGAGAACAACGUCGCGUCAUGGAGGAAGUCGAGGGUGGGGCUGCAGAAAUAGAUCUGCCCACGAAUACACUGGCGUUCGGAGAGCGGAGCCCUGGUGUGGACGCUACCGAUGCCCUCACUUCUCCCAAUGGUGCCUGCCAGGCGCCGAAGUUCAGGUUUUCGCAUGGCCCAUCUCUCGAUAUUGACGAGGAUAACGCUACUCGUUUCAAUCAGCCAUCGACGCGGAACCUCAGCCUGCUCUGCGAGGUUGCUUCGGAAUACCAAUAUCUGGAGAAUCCCAAGGUUUCGCAGAUGGACGCCAUCGAAGCCGAAGCGGUCAAACAAUUAACCCUAGACAUCCUCCUGGACAAAGAAGAAUGGGAGAUCUCGGAGGACGAAGACCCGAAAUCUCGUAUUGCUCGUCAGCAAUACAUCUGUCCUGAAGACGAGGAGAAAGGAAGCUCAGAGACGCAUUCUGACACUCUCGCUCCGGAAGGAGAUGCUGGCGACAUUCCUGAUGAUGAUAUUUCGAUGGACGAUCCUUCCUUGGACUAUGUAUGA